AUGAUCGGCGAGGGACUUCCUUAUAUUUAUAUCCAAACAUCGGGCUCAAAGCCUUCAUGGGCUGGCAUAAACGUGUCCAUCACUCUGCUCGCGCACCUUCAGUUGGUAGUUGGAGAGAUUACCUCAGAAGGCCUUCGUCAACUCCUUGUUGCUCAGCGCUUCUUAUACUUGCGAGCGGGUCCAAUGGAGAACGAGACAGCAGAACUGAAGAGAGUGGAGCAUGAGCUAUACAAUGUCCAAAACAUGCUCGACAAGAAACGAGGAGAGCUGCGUGUUUGGGAGAUGAAGCUCUACUAUCCUCCUGAGCCAAAAGAUCCAGAAGCCCUUGGCAACUAUGAAAGGCUGAAGGCUGAGUUCGACCUGCUGCUUGAAGGCUGUGGGAGGCUACGUCAGAGGCAGUCUGAUCUUGCUUUAGGCACGAAUGGAGAUGAGCCCCUCAUGCCAUCACGAAAAUUCUGGAAGCAACUACGUCGGUAUCUCGACAUCCCGAUCGAGAAAAGUGAGGAGGACAAGGAGAAUGAGGCUCCUCUGGGGAAGGAGUCGAAUCUUCGUCAACGUCUGCUGACCGUGUCUACAAGUUCACGAUCGAAUCACUGACCCAUUCACCAGCACGUGAAUCAAGUUUUCGUAGCGAGCCUUAGUGCUGAAUCCUGUUCUCGUGGGCUGCGGCCAGGUAUGUACAAAGUCAGAGGGGUGCCAUGUAAAUAGGCGGGAUCGGUUACGUCCGGACCAUAAGCAGAUUCAGGCCAGUAAAGGUCAACAAGCAAUGUGAGAAGUCUGUCAAAAGUCCAGACCAAAGGCAUCUUGUCACAUGCCCAGGGUUUGAGCGCGUGGGUGCUUGGCCGGGUUGGGCCGCAUGACACGGUCGGUUCUCUUUAGUCUCCAAGCGGAUAGAGACUUGAAGAAGCGGGAUAACUGUGAGUUUGAGUCACGGAGUGCAAAUCAUAUAAGCACCACGGCAGGCCUGUCCAGUCCUGCAAAACGUCACGCGGACAGUUCUUGCAGUACGUUGUUUGCAAGAGGGUUGCUGAGAGCAAUCUUCUGUACCACUACUAAAGUUGUGCAGUCGAUCAUUACUGUCA